AUGAAGUUCCAUAAGUUUAGAUCAGCGGUGCAGCAGUCAACAGAGGAUGUGCAAACACGAUACAUGGACAUGCAGACACGAUACAUGGACAUGCAGACACGAUACGUGGACAUGCAGACACGAUACAUAGACAUGCAGACACGAUACAUAGACAUGCAGACACGAUACGUGGACAUGCAGACACGAUACAUGGACAUGCAGACACCAUACAUGGACAUGCAGACACGAUACGUGGACAUGCAGACACGAUACGUGGACAUGCAGACACGAUACAUUGACAUGCAGACACGAUACAUUGACAUGCAGACACGAUACGUGGACAUGCAGACACGAUACAUGGACAUGGAGACACGAUACGUGGACAUGCAGACACGAUACAUGGACAAGGAGACACGAUAUAUGGAUAUACAGAAACGUUAUUUGUAUAUACAGAAACGUUACACGGAUAUACAGAAACGUUACACGGAUGUACAGAAACGUUACAUGGAUAUGCAGAUACAUUACAUGGAUAUAUAGAAACGUUACAUGGAUAUACAGAAACAUUACAUGGAUAUAAAGAAACGUUACAGAAACGCAGGUUGUGUGACACUGCUGCUUGUCAUUACUUAG